UGGAGGGGCUUUGAGUAAAGAGUGGGAAAAAGAACCCAAAAAAAAAAAAAACGAAUAGUCAGAGGAACAUGGAAAAUCCCCAGUUCCCAUGCCAAGAAUCCGGCGCAAGCAGAAACACACACACUCGCACACAGUGUAUCUGAAAGCCGGCAGGGAGCUCAGAGCAGAGGAGAAGGUAGUGAUAAAAAGCUAUCAGUGCAGCUCCGCUUUGGAAAACAAGAUUCAGGAGAAAUCUCUGGCUCUUUUCUAUCUCUAUGACUUCUUACAUUGCAGUUUUUUUUCUGUUUGGAAACUAAAAGUAGCGUGUGUGGAAAUGGAAAUUUAAAAAAAAGGCAGAACAUGUCAGCUGCAUGGCAGGAGGUAGAAGGAGAAAUUCACAUGACACACACACUGUGCACAUACUGUAUUUAUUUUCCCAUUAUCUUCUUGGGAACACUUUGACCUCCUGGAAACCCUUCGUAUUUUUAGUUGAAGAUUGAAUAAACUUUUACAAGUAACUAACUUAAAAUUUAUAACUAUAAAUAAAGAAAAAUCUGCACAUAUAAAAUGUAAAUAGCGAGCCGGUUUUCAAGGGGCAACAUAAUCAUGAAUAAUUCAGCAAAUACGCACGCUGGCCAAUUGUAUUGCGGUUAUGAUAAUGACCAGUUGCCGGCGGCCGCGUUACCGCUCGCAGUGCAUGUCAACAGUUUUCCUUUUCCUGCCUGACGCUUGCGAGUGGCACAGCUGCUAUCUAUAGUCCCGCGCUUUUUUCGGACCAUGCAGACGGGACGCAAUGGAAGUCGCACAAAACUUUAUUUACCGUGCAGCUCUGGGGAAAAAAUGGCUAAUCUGCACUCGAGUCACACGCUGACUAAUCACUCGAGGGCCUGUUUUGGGAAGAAAAGAGAUCCUGGUUUAAGGGAUCAUGGAAGCGCCUGAAGGCCUGGGAAUCAACCAGGAUAUUCACACCGAGAAUGCGACCCCUGAUCCGGGGGACGGAGAGCGCCAGGCGGGCUGGGUGAGGGUGAGGGUGGAGGAGAGCUGGUUCAGCGUGGAGCGAGCUUUUCUUGCGAGGCACAGCGACUAUUUCCGUGCUCUCUUUCACUCUGGGAUGAAAGAAAGCCAGCAGGACGAGCUCCACCUGAAAGGAGGAGUGCGUGCGAGGGGCUUCCUCAUUGCCCUUGCCGUCUGCAGGGGAGAGAUUCCCGCCGUCACUGACCCGGAUGAGCUGGUUGAAGCUGUAGAAUGUGCUGCUUUCCUGCAGGUUGCUUGUUUGGUGAAGCAUCUUUGUGAUAUUGUAGAUUCAGACAACUGCCUCCUGCUUUACCACGCAGCCGCCAUCUUUGGGGUGCAAACGCUGUUUCACAGUGCUGCUCUCUUUCUCUGUGAUGCUUUUGAGGACCUUAAGGAAGCAGCAGAAACUACAAUCCCUGAAGAGCUGCUGCAGUAUUCUCAAACACUGUCUCCUUCUGCUUAUAUCGCUUUAGGUACCCAUACCCCCUCAAUGGAGCUGCUGCAAGACUCCUUUAGGAUUGUUUGCUACCUUGACGAAAAGGCGGAGGAGUGGAAGCAUCUGACAAACCUCCCAACUCUUUGUAGCACCUCCAUGGCUGGUGUAGCGGUGCUGGACAAUCGCCUGUAUAUCGUAGGGGGAGUUUACGGUUACCGCAAAGACACAGUAGACAGUAGCUUCUGUUAUGACCCAGAGUCGGGGGUUUGGACAACUCUUCCGGGUCCCCAGCAACCGAGAUAUGACUUCACCUUGCUCGGACACGAGGGCCGACUCUACGCCAUCGGCGGAGAGUUCCAAACGAGAACGAUUUCCGCAGCGGAGAGCUAUGAUGUUUCAAAGGGAGAGUGGACUCUUAUAAAACAUGCACCAAGACCUGUAGCAUCUGCAGCUUGUGCUGUUGCGCGGCGGCGGAUGUUUGUUUGCUUCUGGAAGCCACCAGACACCACAGACAUCUAUGAGUACAUACCAGCGAAAGAUGAGUGGAAGCUCGCCACCACAAUGAUCCGACCUCAGAGCUACGGCCACUGUAUGGUAGCCCACAGGGACAACUUGUAUGUGAUGCGCAACGGGCCCUGUGAUGACUUCCUGCGCUGCCUAAUGGACUGCUAUAACAUCACGACGGGCCAGUGGACGGCCAUGCCCGGACACUACAUCAACAGCAAGGGGGCGCUGUUCACUGCAAUGGUAAGGGCGGACUCUGCGUUCACAGUGAAACACAUGUUGACUCUUGAAUACGCCAUCACUGGAGACGCAUGGAAGCCCCGCAGGCAGAUGAAGGGAUUCCCAAAGAGUGGUUCACUGUGGACGUGUUUACUCCGGCUUCCCAAGACGGGACCAGUUAUACCAAAACCGGACGCAGAUCAGAAGGAAGAAUACAUGCCUUUGCCGGACUCAUUUGAGGGAUUUGUGGACCCUAUGCUGCCCCUGUGAAAUUAGUGCACAACUGUAAAACAAUGUGAUGUUCGUUUUUAACCCUCUGAACCUCAAAACCUGUUGGCGGGUUUGAAUACUACAAAAGUUUUGAAAUAACAAAAGUUUUCAAAGCAAGAAAGGGCAAAAACAGAAAGAAUACUCAGAUUUUAGGCUUUCUGGCAGUGCUUGAAGUAAUGUGUGACUUGAUGUUUGGUUGGCAAAAUAAUGAAAACUUAGCCUAAAAUCAUGAUAUUUAUUACAAAUAAAUGUAUUCUAUAUGUCUCUUAAAAAAUCACCAAAAAUAGAUUAUUUGCGCGAACUAGAUUCUGCAAAAGCCAAAAAAUCCUGCAUUUUUGUGUGAAACUGAAAAGCUAUGUGUGACUCAGCUGUGACCAACAUUCAUAUUAUGAAAAUUCUGGGACUUUUAACAUGAACUGUGAGCGGCUUUACACAGAGCAGAGUGAAGACAAUAAAUUAUAAAUGUAAAUAGUAAUUUGUCUAUAGCAUGUAGAGGCUCUAUUUUUUUGAUUAUUGGUAGCACCUGUUGGAAAAAUGUUCCAGUUUUUAACAUUUUUGCAAAAUAAAUAAUGAAGGACUUUUAA